AUGGAAAUAAGUGAGAACCAACUUAAUGGUUCUAUUCCUGCUUCAAUUGGUAAUUUGAGUAACUUAAAUCAACUGUAUCUCCGAGCGAACCAAUUUUCUGGUACCAUACCAGAAGAGCUUGGAAAACUGCAAAAGUUGGUAGUUUUGGAAAUGGAUCAAAAUCAAUUAUCUGGUCCAUUGCCAGAACUGCUAUGCCAAAAUGGAACCCUCCAAAACAUUACUGUAUCUGAGAACAUGCUUCCAGGUCCAAUUCCUAGAAGCUUGAAAAAUUGCUCAAGCUUAAUUAGGGCCCGCUCCAAUAGGAACCAUUUCCAUGGCAACUUGUCAGAAAUGUUUGGUAUCUAUCCUUUCCUGGAUUUCAUAGAUCUUAGCAACAACGAUUUCCAUGGGGAACUCUCCAGCAGCUGGGGAAAAUGCAAAAUCUUGGCAACCCUGAGAGUCGCAAAGAACAACAUCACAGGUGGUAUACCUCCAGAAACUGGAAAUUUAACUCAAUUACAAGCACUUGAUCUGUCUUCAAACUAUCUAUCUGGGGAGAUACCAAGAGUAGUUGGGAAGUUGGCUUCUAUGCUUAACCUAUAUUUGCAUGACAACCAACACUGGCGGCAUACCUCAGGAGUUGGGUAUGCUAACAGAACUUCUUUAUCUAGACCUGUCCACAAAUUCAUUGAAUGGAUCUAUUCCAGAACAUUUGGGAGAUUUGAAGCACUUGUAUCACAUGAACUUGAGCAACAACUUUUUCAGCUAAAAGAUUCCAAUCCAGAUUGGAAAAGCCUGGGAACAUUGGAUCUCUCACACAAUAACCUCUCUGGUUUAAUCCCAAAGUCUUUAGCAAAGUUGCCUGGUUCAUUGCACAUUAAUAUUUCAUUCAAUAAUUUAGAGGGUCCAAUUCCGAGUGGUAGAGCCUUUAUGAAUUUAACCAUAGAGGAAGUACAAGGAAAUAAAGGUUUGUGCGGGAAUAUUUCAGGGUUACCGGCUUGUGAAAGUUCCCCGUUGAUUAAAAAGCAUGUCAAGAAUAAGGGGAAGAAAAAACUUGUUCUCGCAAUUUUAAGUCCUCUUCGGGGAUCAUUCGUACUUCUUUGUGCAUUCUUUGGUGGUCUCAGAUUGCAUAAGCAAUGGAGAAAAAGUUCAGGAACGGAAGAUAUCGACAUGAACAAAGUAAAUUUAUUUUCCAUAUGUACUUUUGAUGGCAAAGCAUUGUAUAAGGAAAUAGUAAUGGCUACAGAAGAGUUCAGUGACAUAUUGUGCAUUGGUAAAGGAGGUUAUGGAAGUGUUUACAAAGCACAGCUUCCAUCAGGCGAUGUAGUAGCUGUAAAGAGACUUCACAACAUGCCUGAGAUGGCAAGUCAUAAAAAUUUGUUGAAUGAGAUAAGGGCCUUGACAGAAAUCAAGCAUCGAAACAUUGUGAAACUCUUUGGGUUCUGCUCAAAUUCUCAACAUUCAUUUUUGGUAUAUGAGUACCUUGAAAGAGGGAGCUUGGCCAAAAUCUUUAGCAUAGAAGAAGAAGCUAAGGAACUAGACUGGCGAAAGAGAUUAAAAAUCAUCAAAGGCAUUGCUUAUGCUUUAUCUUACAUGCAUCAUGAUUGUUCACCAGCCAUUGUACAUCGGGACAUAUCAAGCAACAACAUUUUGCUUGAUCCAGAAUAUGAGGCUCACAUUUCAGAUUUUGGCACUUCUAAGUUUCUGAAAAAUGAUUCAUCUAGUUGGAGUUCUCUUGCUGGCACAUAUGGAUAUGUUGCACCAGAAUAUGCCUACACAAUGAAAGUAACUGAAAAGUGUGACGUUUAUAGCUUUGGGGUCCUGACAAUGGAAGUGAUGAAAGGAAAGCAUCCCGGUGACUUGAUUGCUACUUGCUCGAUCAAAGACUUCUGUAUCCCAAUGAAGAAAUUGAAAACAUUCUGGCAUUCGUUCUUAAACUAG